AUGGACACUACAAAUUUGAACUUGAACGUUGACGCAAACGUCACAUGCUGUGACUUCGUGACGUUGCUGCUUGCGUCAACCCCACGACAACCCCACAACCAACUCACGACUUCCACCUCACCCGACCACCACCACAAACGACCCCUGCCACCCACAAACGGCAACAACUGCUACAAACCACCUGCAACGAGGACAACCGGCAAAGGACGACAACCGGCAAAGGACGACCAAUGCCCAAAAACGUUACCACAACGCCUACCUAGCAACAACGACAACGGAAACGACGCACAAGUGGCUACCAUCUUUAUCAUAAAACUAAGGCACUUGCCUGUAGAGCUGUGUGUACAAGUCCACAAGUUUUAUGAAAGGCCUUUCAUAGGAAUAUUGGAUGCUUUCAUUGUACUUUUCAUAAUUAAUGUUGUGCAAUUUCAAUAA